CCAUGGCCUUCACUAAACUUGGUCUCGUCCUCUUUUUUAUUGUUCUUCAUAGCAUGAUGUUUCUCUCUUAUGCAAUGCAUUGCGACGUACAAUCACAAUCAGAAGAGGAAGAGAAACUGUUGCAAAACAUGAACGGCUACAGGCAAGCACUAAGCCUUGCACUCUUUGGUGAAAACAGCAAAGCAGCUUGCCUAGCGGAUGAAAUUGCAGACGAGUUGAAGGACAAACCUUGCGACAAGAAUGCCCAUGGCUACAGCUCUUUUCCGGGCACCAAGCCCAAGUUCGACGACUUCGAAAACCUCCUCGACAAGUGCGACAUAAAUGUCAACACCACAGAAUACGGGGCUAUUUUGGUCUCCUGUGGCCCAAGAAUUGACUCGCCUCUGGUGCUUGACACCUAUACCAAAUCUGAAUACGCUAAAUAUAUUAACAAUUCCAACUACACCACCGCUGCCGUCGGUUCUAAGGAUGACUGGGUAGUGGUUAUUCUGAGCAGUAACUCGUCGGACGGAACCUUUUCCGGUGCGGUUUCUUUGGUUCCGAACAUCAUCAGUAUGGCUAACUCCAUAGUUGCUUUGUUCUUCUGCUUGCUUCUUUUUUCAAUUCUGUGA